GGGAAAAAAAGGACUCGAAUAACUUUUUUCGCCUCACAGACUUGGCACCCACACGUGGAUGAACAAGGAUCCACAUGCAGAUACGUGAGAUGAUACGUCAACAUGAUGAGCUUGCAUACAAGAAAAGGUUCAUGCGAGAAGGGGAGUAGUGGGGUUGUUAGUUUGCUGGUAAGGGGUGAGACAGAAAGAGAGAUCAAGAGAGAAAGAGAGAGGGUAGUAGGUGGUAGGUGCUUAGUUAGCCAAGACACAUUGACAGGCCAUCGUGCCAGCAUGGCAGUAGCCCUUAGGACGCGACACUUUGACUUUGGUACCGCGCGAAGUCAAACAUUUUCUCACAGUGCUCCGGUUAUUUUAAAUUAGAAAUACCCCUUUUCUUUAAUUACCCAAAAAUUAAAUUAUCAAAUCCAAACACGAAUAAUUAUCAUUUUACCGAAUUUUUAAUUUAUUUCUAAUUCAAUAAAUAAAUAUCCCAAAGUUUACAAUCUUACAAUUUACAAUUUACAAAAAAAAGUCUCUUCACAUCGAACCGAAAAUUAAUGACAGUGUGAAAAAUAACUAAACGUUUGUUUUUAACAAUACGUUUGUAUUUUUAAAAAAUCAAAAAAAUGGAAUUGAAAUUUUAACAAAAAUUGAAAUUAUUAAAGUGCAAAAGGAGAGAAUAAAAGUGAAAAGUGAUAAUCGAAUAAAAGUGAAGUGUGUGAUGGAUAAUUUAAUAAAAGUUGAAAAUGUAGUUCUAGGGGCAAAAAAGAAUGAAAAAUAAUAAAAUAAGUGAAGUGAAACGAGUGCAAUAUAAAUAUUUCGUGGAUUAAAAAAAGGGGAAACUAGGGGAAGAAGAAAGAAAAUUGAGAUAAUGAUAAUAUAAGGGGGUGAAGAUGGUGAACUUGAAGAAUAUUAUCGAAAAGAAGUGUUUCUCACGAGAUGAUGACGGAAUAUAUCACGUGCGGAUACAACGUCACGUGGAGGAGAUGCACAUGGUUUUAAAUCUAUGAAUGGAAAUAUAUCGCAGGUUUCCCGCAGAAGCCCUUAGAAGAGACCGGCAGGUCUUCCAAGCCAUAAAGGACAACCGGAGGGGCUGGACCACAUCUCUAUAGAGACGGGAGGCUGGUGGCUACUUUUGAACAGUGAUUUUCGAAGGGGGUGUUUCUAAAGGGAGACUUGUCGGUGGAAAAUUUGCAGAGAUGGAGUUUCUGCAGAACCAUCAUUCGGCCAAUACCACCGAGUCACCGUACACUCUUGGCACAGGUGCGGUGGGGAGUAUUGAAGCAACAAUACCUUCUGGCCUUUGUUCAGGAACACUGGGUGUUCUUGCCGGUGACGAUGGUUUAGCUGACAAUCAAAAUGAAGAGGCUCUAGGUGCUCUGCAAGGUACACUGCGAUUGCAGGACCUGCAGAAUUCACCUGAAGACAUAAACGUUGAUCAAAGUCAGCACGUACAAAAUUCCAAUCAAAAUCAAGUUGUCACGGAAUUCGGUGCAAGUUUCUGGGUCGACGAUAUGGCUGGCUUUCCUCUACCGCCAUUGGAUUUGGAUCCACUUCCGCCGGGACUGUUUAGUCCAUGUUCCGGUAGCUACAAUGAUUCUUGCAGUUGGGGAUGCACAAGGGGCGACUGCGUGCCAAGAACUGGAAAUCCAAAUGGCGAAGGUGUCGCGGACGUUCUGUUAUCGUUGAAACACGCGGUGGUUCAUCCUGGAAGUCCAACAAGUGGUUAUUAUUCGACUGGCGGAACCUCUCAUCAUUAUUCGCAGGAUUAUGGACAAAAUAUUGGACCGCCAAUUCCACCAUCUCAUUAUACGCCGGGUCCUGCCAUGUCCGUUAAUGUCUCCAUGAACAUGACCAUGAACAUGAACAUGCAUCCUGGGUAUGAGCAGAGCUAUUCGUCGCCCUGGGGUAUGGAACCCUUAUUGAGUCCCGCCCCUCAAUAUAACCCUGUGGAAACUCAGACGAGGGUGAAUCAAGUUCCGGCCAAUAGUCUCAUUGGUGUACACCCACAUUCUCACCCUCAUCCUCACCCUCACACUAGACUUCAGUCGAGUGAACAUUCACUCUGCAUUGGAAGCGCAGGACCCGCUGUAACUCAGGAUGAUAAUGGAAGACCGAAUCUUUGUCGGAUAUGUGGAAAAACGUAUGCACGACCGAGCACCCUUAAAACUCAUCUUCGUACACAUUCCGGGGAGAAACCAUUUAGAUGCCACGCGUGCUCCAAGGCCUUUAGUCAAGCUGCAAAUUUGACGGCUCAUGCAAGAACGCACUCGGGUGAAAAACCCUUUCGUUGUCCCGUUUGUGAUAGACGAUUUUCCCAAAGUAGUUCCGUCACCACACACAUGAGGACCCACUCUGGAGAACGACCUUAUCGAUGUCGAUUUUGCAAGAAGGCAUUCUCCGACAGUUCCACCCUCACGAAACAUCUGCGAAUACACUCAGGUGAAAAGCCAUAUCAGUGUAAAUUGUGUUUAUUAAGGUUCAGUCAGAGUGGCAAUCUCAACAGACACAUGAGGGUCCAUGGCGGCUCCUUAACGUGACACAGCUCAGAUUAUCCUCUCGUUGACAGUGGAAUGUUACCCCAGUGCUGUCGGAUACCUGUGAUUCGACUAGGAACGAACUUACAACGAAAACAAUAGAUGUACAUUUUGCGGUAUUUCAUACGAUGCCCCGACAAAAAGAAACCUUAAUAUUAAAAACGUACAUAUUCAAACAAACUACUUCCGGCCUGAAAAACCAUCAUUUUCGACGCUAAAUCAAAGAUUAUUCACUGAUAAAUAGAUUUUCUUUUCAAAGCUAAUUACUAACAUGAUUAUUUAGUACUUUUACAGUUGUAGUAAAAGUUACAAUUACUAACAACUAAUUAAAGUACUAUUUAAUUCAUUAGUAAUUUAC